AGCAGGUUGAUAUUCACUGCGAGCUCGCUUUUGUUCGUUAGCGUAACUUUGCCGACAGCCAUGGACAGAGCUCUCGUCGUUACGUUAUUUUUGUGCGUUUUGGCUGUUUGCCUUGCAACAAAUGAGCAAAACUCGGAUAAAAAAUCUGGUGAACCAGAUGUUAAGUUGAUGAUGGAAAAGAGAGCCAAAGAGGAAGAAGAUGAUGCGAAAGUUGAGGUGGUUCAAGAUGUGAACGAUGAGACAGCAAAGGAGAAAAAAGCGUCGGGUGGAUUGGCAGCGGAGAAGAAAGAAGGUGCCAGUGAUCAAGUCCAUGGAGGGAAUAAGAAGAAUGAAGGACACGACGAAACCACUGACGAGGAGGAAGAGCACGAGGAUGAAGAACAUGAAGACGAAGACGAAGAAGACGAAGAAGAGCAUGAAGAUGAAGAUGAAGAAGAAGAAGUGGAUCCGAACGCCAAAAUCGAAGUUCACGAUCUCUUUACUCCAGAGGACUGCAAAAACAAAUCCAAAUCUGGCGAUCUUGUUGUGAUUCAUUACUCAGGCUGGCUGGAUGAUGGUACACUAUUUGACACAACAAUCGAGCCAAGCAAGGGGUACAUGCCAUUUGAGUUCAUGCUUGGAACAGGAACUGUGAUCAAGGGCUUUGAACAAGGAGUGUUAAACAUGUGCAGGGGACAGAAGCGUAAAAUUGUUAUUCCACCCUCGCUUGGUUAUGGAAAGAAAGGAGCUGGGGCGAUUCCAGGAAACACGACUCUCACUUACGAACUAGAAAUGUUUGAUAUUCGACAACCACCUCCUCAAGCUGACAUGUUCUCACACAUUGACACCAAUGGUGACAAGAAACUGUCCAAGAAAGAGGUGUCUGAGUACAUGAAAGCACAAGCUGCUGCGCAUGGCAUGCCGGUACAUGACAAGAAAUGGAGGAAACAUCACAAGACUGUUGUGGCCAACAUUUUUGAUCACGAGGACUCUGAUGAAGACGGCAACAUCUCUCAUGAAGAGUUCAGUGGGCCCAAGAUGAUGUACCACGAUGAGUUUUAAAGGGAUUCCCUCGGGUUUGAAGUUUAGCGUGACACCCUCCGUGACAGUCCGCGUGACAUAAAAUCACGCCAGUAAUUCUGAUUUAAAAAUUAUGGAAAAUCAUUUGAAUUGAACAAUAUCGAUCUAUAGCGGUCGCCAAAGAUUUUAACAAAAAAUAUUGUUUCUUUGACUUUUUAAAAUUUGUUGUAAUAGCAAACAAACAACUCAAUUUUUAACGACACUUUUUGAAAAACUCGUUAUGCAAUAUUUAUUGAUCUGUAAGAUGAAUUUUAAAAAAAAGCAUGCCAUACGAGGUAGACCAAGAAAGCUGCUUUUAACAAAUUCAGAUAUUAUGAGGUAUGGUAUGUAAAAUUAAACCGAAAUAUUGUUUGUACAAUAAAGCAAACGUUUUAUCCGAA